AUGCCUUGCAGUGGACACGUCAAAAGGAAACGCACACUUUCGGAACGAGCUGGUCCACAGUUCCCUGUGGCCCGUGUUCAGCGGUACCUCAGGAGCGGCUACUUUGCACCUCGCGUCAGUGCCACAGCCUCUGUCUUCAUGUCAGCAAUACUGGAGUACCUAUGUGCCAAGGUACUGGAAAUGGCAGGCAAGGAAACGAUGAAGCACAAGAGCCCGCGGCAUCUCUUCCUAUCAGUGCAGAAGGAUCAAGACUUGAGUGAAUUAUUCGAGUCUGUCACCAUCUCCAGGGGUGGAUAUGGACAGUACCUCAGGUUCCCCCGGCCACUCAGCCAUCGCCGGGAAGGCCAUUCAAACAUCACAGGGCCAGCCACCGGGGACUCAGGUACCGGACAGGACAGGGUAGGUGCCUCGCUAGUGGUCUGCGACUCUGCAUUCACUGGUUUGUGA